CAGAGAUAUACCUAACCUCGAAACAGGUAGUUUAUUGACCAGAUUCAAAGCAUCUCGAGAUUUAUCUCCCCCUCCGCCACCCGCGAUGUGGCAAGUCCAGACCAACUCCAAAGCCAGUAGGCACGGCCUUUGCCCCUGAGUUGGCCGUGAGCAUCUAGCUACCUGUAUCCACAGCAAGCCUCCGCCCAUGGACCAAAUCGUGCAUGCUGUCUUCAUAUUGCUUGAUAAUACACAUAGGGGUGCUUGGCCCACUAAGAACAGUCCAACGCUUGAGUGUGCCACAGACGGCGGCAGGAGGCCAUGGGCCAACCCACUGUUGGAGGAAUCCCAAGGAAGGGACUACAUGAGCUUUCGCCUUCACAGGAUGUUUCGACAGGCUGUGUAUCCAGGAAAACGGAAAGCACCGUUGGUCUCAUGGGCAUUCUCAAAUAAAUUGACUAUCAUAUGUUGGGAUAUAUUGGGGGCUACAAUCACGGAUGCACAUAGAGUCCAACAAGCUGUGGCCUUUCAUGUCUCAAUUGGAAAGCUUAGCAUCCGUCGUAAACUAGAAUUGCCAAGAAAGCUUGAUUGCCUGUGGAGUCAUGAAGAAGCUUCGCAUGGCACGGUGAGGAUGUCGCCUGCCGAGGACGGACUUACUAGGAGACAGGUUGCAAAGCGCCACCUGGCGGUCCCCAUCCACUUUGUGACCAACUCCAGCAUCCCAAAAGAGGAUUCUCACGUUUCGCAAGCCCGUCGCAAACGCCCUCCUCGGGCCAAAGCCGUUCUGCCGUUCUGCCGCUCUGUCGCAAAUAUCGAUGCGAUUGACAAGAACCGCACGCUUUUCCACCAUUUCCACCUCGUACCGCAGAGUUGGGGCCAACCGCGAGUACCAGCACCCCAGUGGUCCUCCCAAACCGGUCGUUUUCAAAGACGAUUCUCACUUCGAAGUACUGCACCAAAACACCAGAACAUCGCAUCAACGACGACCAACGACGACCGACGACGAUACGCCGCCUGGGCACAACGGAAGAGAAAAGUUGCGAGUGACGACGGCGGUGUCGCCGCCCCCUCGCCGCCAUGA